AAUACAUGCCUAAGUCUAUCUUGCAGUACACUCAUAUCCCAACACUCAUACAAACCAUGGCUCAAGCCGGAUCUCUCUUGGUCGACACCGAGGCUCUCAGCCACAUCUUCAACCUAAUAGAAGCGUUUAGGGCAUUCGAUGCGGACAACGACGGGUUGAUCUCGUCAGCUGAGGUUGGGGGGAUCGUGGGCUCGCUCGGGUACAACCUGAGUGAGGAAGACGUGAAGAUGAUGAUGGAGGAAGGUGACGCCGACAAAGAUGGGUUGCUAAGCAUGGGGGAGUUCUUAGAGAUGAAUGCAAAGAAUAUGGAAGUUGGGGAGCUGGGGAGCUAUUUGAAGAUAGCUCUAGAGGCUCUAAAGGCAGAUGGGGAUGAUCUUGUGAGUGGGGAAGAGCUUUAUGAUGUGUUUGUGAAUUUAGGGUUGGAUGUUUCACUUGAGGAUUCCAUGGCUAUUGUGGCUUCUUUGGAUGGGGAUGGAGAUGGAGCUAUGUUUCUUCAUGAUUUUAAACUUAUUGUUAAUUCCCUUCACUAAGUACUUCACUUUUAAUUAGCCCUUUUAUUUUAUCUUGCCUUUCAUUAGUUAUGUAUUUGACUUUUACUUCUCUACGUAUCAAUAAAUUAUUCUACUUUCUCAUUAAUUACAAACA